AAAAGCAAAGAAAAAUGAGUGAAUGCAAUGCAAAAUGUGAAGCACAAGAACCUUAUCUUGAAUUUACUACUAGGCAAGAACCUUAACCUUUUGUUUUAUUGUUAAACUGAAUUUUCAGCUUCUUCUCCCUCACAUAUCUUCAGUAUCAUGGCCUCCUCCACACUCAGUCUUCUAAAGCUUCCUAUACUUCCAACCAUUAAGACACGCCAAUCUUGUUCAACCUUAAAACAUGUUCCAUUUCCAUCCAUUUCUGCCAAAUUGGAUAUUGUCCCAACCCAACAAAAACAGCAGCUUUCCUUAGAUCAUGAUCAAACUAUCAACACUCUCAAACACACUUCUCUUUCUCUCACAGCAAUCACAUUACCCUUCUUAUUAGAUACUAAGGAUGCACUUGCUGCUGGUGGAGAGUUUGGUAUAUUCGAAGGAAGAACAUUUGCUCUCAUACACCCCAUUGUUUUGGGUGGUUUGUUCUUCUAUACACUAUAUGCAGGUUAUUUGGGGUGGCAGUGGCGUCGAGUCAGGACUAUUCAGAAUGAUAUUAACGAACUCAAGAAACAACUCAAACCUGCUCCAGUUACACCAGAUGGUAAAUCAGUUGAAUCUUCACCGCCAUCACCGCUGGAACUCCAAAUUCAGAAACUUACUGAGGAGAGGAAAGAGCUUAUCAAAGGUUCAUAUAGGGAUAAGCACUUCAACGCAGGAUCUAUACUUCUAGGAUUUGGUGUCUUUGAGGCUGUUGGUGGAGGAUUGAACACAUGGUUAAGGACAGGAAAGCUAUUUCCCGGUCCACAUUUAUUUGCAGGAGCAGGUAUUACGGUCUUAUGGGCACUGGCAGCAGCUCUAGUACCACCAAUGCAGAAAGGGAGUGAAACAGCAAGAAAUCUGCACAUCGCGCUGAAUACAUUGAAUGUUCUGCUAUUUGUGUGGCAGAUUCCCACUGGAUUUGAUAUUGUAUUGAAAGUGUUUGAGUUCACAAAAUGGCCUUGAAUGUAAGAUUCUCACGUGUAAGUUCCCAGGUUUGAUUAAAGGGACACGAUGGAUCCGAGUUGAAUUCAAUUAUGGGGUGAGAUGGAUUGUGAGCAUCCCCAGUCUUAAGGUUUGCUUGUUGCUAUGUACAUUUGUGAGUAAUAAAUGUUGUACAAGAAUAAUCCAAUUCCAACCUCAUCUAAUGUAUGUAACUUGGAAGAAGCUAUCUGCAAUCUUUCCUUCUUUACUUA